AUGGAUCUAGCUAGAAAUCUCAUCUGCAUUCUCUUCUUCCUCGUAUGUACAUCCCGCGCAGCCCACAGCGAACAAGCUGCUGGCGCUCUUCUCCAUUGGAAGUCCACUUUGGAUAGUAGCAGCACCACGAACUUGUUUUCUUGGUCACCAGCCAACUCUACCUGCUUAUGGUUCGGCAUCCUGUGCAGCAGUGCUAGUGCUACCAGCCACAACAUCAUUGGACUUCGUCUUCCUGAAGCCGGAAUCAAGGGGCGCCUUGAAACCUUAAACUUCGCCGCGUUUCCACAACUCACCGAGCUCAACCUCAGCAGGAAUGGCCUCCACGGAGCCAUCCCUGCUAGCAUCUCUUUGCUGCAUGCCCUGGUGUAUCUUGACCUCGGCUUCAACAGCUUCGAAACGUUCAUACCACCGGAGCUCGGAAGCCUCUCUAACCUCGUCGACCUCCGGCUCAGCAACAACAACCUCACAGGUGCCGUACCGUACCAACUCAGCAAACUCCCCAAGAUUGUCCGCCUUGAGAUCUCUCAAAACUACUUAGACAAACCAGAGUUCUCCCCAAUGCCCACCCUGCAGAUCUUUUCCAUGUACAGCAUCGGUGUCAAUGGCAGCUUUCCCCAGUUCAUCCUGGAGUGCCCCAACCUGACAUUCCUUGACGUGUCAUGGAACAAACUCUCUGGGCCUAUCCUGGAGUUGCUUCCAAAGAUGGCUCCAAAUCUAACAUACCUCAAAGUGAGAUCGAAUUGGUUCUCCGGACCGAUACCGCCAACAAUCGCAACACUGAGGCAGCUGCAAUACCUGGAACUCUCAAACAACAACUUCACCGGUGUCAUCCCCUGGGAGCUUGGGACACUCGCAGAAUUGCUAGUGCUUGAUCUGCAAAACAACCCACUCAAUGGGCCAAUCCCUGUUGAGCUCUGCAAACUUUCAAACUUGUACUGGCUCAAUGCUGCAGGGAACAACCUCAGUGGAACGAUACCGUCAUGUAUCAGCGGCAUGGCGGCAUUGGCACGCCUCGAACUCUGGAACAACCAACUGGAGGGGCUUAUGCGGGUAACCCGCAACAGCCCGCACAGCACGCUUACCCACAUGAUAACAUCGUCCUCCCAGCUCCCCUCAUCGGCAUCUCGAAUCUCGGACGCCCUCCGCAGACGCGUCGCAAUCAGGGUUCACAAUUUCGGUAGAGAAAAUUUAUCGAACCCUACCGAUAAAUGCGAAAUAUCAGGAAUAUCGAAUAAAAAAAUUCCUAAAAAAUAUUUUGGUAGGAUUUUGCUAGAAACAAUCUCUAAAACAUCAUACAUCCCAAUUCUGUGUAUAAUAAUAAAGAAUUGUGCGAGCACCUGGCUCUCCACGUCCUGCGCCCCACAGUGGCUGUCACCCGCUUCAAUCCUCGCCAUCUGCACGCCCGCCGCCGCCGCGCUAGGCGGCGUCCGCCUCGCCGCUGUCUCGGACGGCUUCAACCGCGGUGGGUUCGGCGAGUGCGGCGACGUCACCGCCUACCUAGCCUGGCUCGAGGACGCUGGCGAAGCUCCUCCGGGAUGA